GGCUUCAGCAAAAGGUGAAAGAAAAUGAAAAGAAAGCUGUAAGAGAUCAGAAUGUGUAGCCUGCUCUGAGCUACUUUUCCUGGUAGAAAUUAGAUCCUGAAAGGCCCAGGUGAAAAUCGGAGAUAAUCCCUGUAUACGUGCUUCUAAUUGGGACAAGCUGAGAGCAAGAAAGCUGAAGGAGUCAGCUACAGCCCCUCCGCAGGGUUUGUUCCCAGCGAGCACCCAAGGACGCAGUUAUGCAAAGCCUCUUCUAUAAACAGCCCUGAGUUCACUCUGGCAGAAGUGAGGCUCUAUUUCAGUCUCCACCAUGCAGAGGCGUUACCCUUGUGCUUCCCAUCCCAGCACCCCAGGCCUGCUGCUCUGGCCGUGGCCCCUUGGUCGGCUCCUGCCCAUGCCUGCACCGUCGCCCCAGGCCCAAGCCCAUGCCCAGCCCCUUGGCGGCCAUUUCCUAGCGGGGGGGCCCCAGGGGCACUGCCUGAAGCUAUUCUGGUAGCUGUGAGUCCCGCCGGUGUCAUGUGAACCAAAGAGCCCAGAAAUGCAUGUCAAAUUGGGCCAGUGACUAACCGUGAUAUUUUGGUUGUCUCCGUGCCUCCCGGGCAAAGAUUUAUUGUCUGAGAAAACCUUCACGUAAUAAUCCCUGGGUGCUGACCUGAUCUUCAGCUGAGUGAGUGUGAAAAGACGACGAAAAGGGGGCUGCUGUGCUGGGCACAGUCGGGUCUAAACUUAUCCGAGGCUGAAACACAAACAAGGGAGGAGAAACACAUCUGCUUCUGCCCAGAGCCAUGCGUUGGCAGCCAGAGAGGAGCUAUUAUUUGAGCUGCCUGAGGAGCAAGGAGGGUCGAGGGCGACGGCUGAGCAGACACAAAGUGCCACUGGUUGGGAUUGUCGUCUAGCUCCCUCAUCUGUCACCUGAUGGCCAGCCAAGCAAGCACUCAGCCGUGGACCAUUCAUCCCUGCACAAGCAACAGAGGCGAGAAAAGUAAGCAUCCUACGGCUGUUACAACAUUCAGCUGUUUUCUCUAUAAAGGAAUGCAUUGAAUUCACUACAACUGUACUAACUACUCCCCUAUGCCGGGCAAGAGACUUUUAUUUUUUUAUUUUUUUUAGUUGGGCUUUUCUCUAACAGCUGGAGGUCUGCUGGGCAUUCAUUCAAUGGCUGUUGAGUAGGGCAGCUGUUUCACUAUCUAAUUGCACGUUAACUUUAAACUGGAGCAGAAAGCAUUGCAUUACCUACCAUGAGCUACUUCCUGUCCUACUGCAAAGCACACUGCACUGCCGUGCUCUCCCAGUACCAGACACUGAGAUCAGAGGGCUUUCUGUGUGAUAUUUUGCUGAAAGUGAAGGAAAAUGAAUUUCCUGCGCAUAAGUCCUUGUUGGCAUGCUCCAGCGACUAUUUCCGAGCAAUGUUCAAAAGUUACACCCAGGAGUCUAAAGCCAAUGUGAUUCAGCUGCAAGUCGUUUCACCCACUGGUCUCCAGCAUGUCCUGGAUUUCAUUUACACUUCUUUGCUGCCCCUUUCCUUUGAAAGCCUGGAGGAGACCUUGGAGGCUGCAAGCUACUUGCAAGUGACAGAUGCUAUUGGCUUGUGCAAUCAAUACUUAGUUAACAACCUUACCUUGGAAAACUGCUGCUUCUCCGCCAACAUCGCCAGGAGGUUCUACCUGCCAGAUGCCCUAGUCGCAACGGAAAAAUACAUUGUCAACAAUCUCUGGAAGCUGCUGGACUUGGAUUUGGCAGGACUGCUUGAGCUGAACUUCAGGACUUUGCUAGCGGUAGUGGAAUCCCCAGAUCUCCCCAUGGUGAAGGAAACCCGCCUGUUGAAUCUUGUGCUGCUGUGGCUGAAGCAGGAUAAAUCCAGGUUGAUUCAUGGAAGCAGCCUUUUGGAGCACAUUAGAUAUGGUCUCAUCCCUGUGGAAGAGCUGAGGAAAACCUACACACAGUCAGAAGUGCCCCUCACUGCAGGUAUUAAGUGCCUGAUCAUUAAAGCAAUAAAUUACCAUACAUCUAUUUUCAAACAGCCCAUCCUGCAGGAUAAAUCCACCACACUGAGGAACCAGAAAACUCGUAUCAUUCUGCUGGGGGGAGGGACGGCAAGUGAUGGGCUUGUCACUGAAGUGGUGGCCUUUGACGUUUACAAUCACAAAUGGAGACCUCUUACACAGGUGCAGGACAGGGUGCAGAACCAUAGCGUGUGUGUGGUGGGGAAUUUCCUCUACGUUUUAGGUGGGGAAAUAGAGGGUGGCACUCCAGGUGACACUGACAGAGACAAGAUAUUAUCGGUUACGAACAAGGUCCAUCGCUAUGAUCCAAGGUUUAACACGUGGACCCAAAUCACGGGCAUGCUGGAAAAGAGAUGCCAGUUUUCCUGCUGUGUCCUAGGUAAUGAUAUCUACGCAAUUGGUGGACGGGGUGAGAAUGGGUCUCUGCAUUCAUCUGUGGAAGUCUACAACAUCAGCAGGGACAGAUGGACAAAGGCCAGGGAAUUGCCAUGCAAGAUACAUGGCCAUGCCAGUGCUGUUUGCAAGAGUAUUAUAUACAUUUCAGGUGGCAAAUAUGCAGACCCAGCCAGCACGAGCAAGGACGUUUAUUCUCUGAGUUCGCUUGAGGGGCAGUGGAUGAAACAAGCUCCUAUGAGCAUAGCUCGGUUUGGGCAUCAGAUGGCGACAAUCAGAGAAGCUGUAUUCACAUUUUUAGGUUUAUAUGAACCAUUCUCUGAAAUAGAAAGGUAUGACCCCGAUCAAAACCAAUGGACUCGUUUAAGGCCACUGAUCUAUGACCGAUUUUGCUAUGGCCUGGCAGUGGUAGAGGAAACAGCUCUUCUUAUUGGGGGAAAGAAAUGGCAAGACUCGCGGGAAGUCCCCACGCAAGAUGUGGUUGGCUACGAUAUCGACAAUGAUGGCUGGGAGGAGAUCUGCAAAGCCCCCUUGCCCUGGAGCGGGCUGCAGUGUGCAGUGCUGCAGCUCACAGAAGUGGCUGAUGAACAGGACAUUGACACCCUGCAAAAGAGGCCACUGAACUGCUGAACUAAGGUGUUGCGGAAUAAUCAUCCCAGGAGAAGAGCCAGCAGGGCAGCCCUGGAGAAGAAGAAGAAAAUUGCAGUGGCACUGGAUGUGACAGAGUUGAAGUUCUGCUUUGAUAAGCAAGACACUGGGUGGAAACAGGCAAGAAAGUUUGGCUGCAGCCUGGGAAAAGGUGAUGUGAUUCACAGAGCUGAAAGCCAGCCUCACUGGGGAAGGAUAUAGCAAGUCGCAGGUUUGGAGGAGAUGAGCUAGGGUCAUAAACCUGGACUUUUAUUUGAAGAAUAAUACCUGGACAGCAAUUAACAGCUGUUGCAAGUCAGAUUUUUCAAAGGUUAAAAAGAUAUAAUCCAUUUUUUCUGUUUUCUUAAUCAGAGGUAAUUUUCCCAGUUGGUAAGUGCUAUCAAAUUGCUGUGCUAUGGCUAAGCAAAAUGAAAGUGAGAUGUAUAAAGACUAGAAAAUUGAUGCCUAUGAGAACUAAUAACAAGUAGUGCCAAGAAAAAGCUAUUAUUUGAUAUGCUACAUACUAGGCAAGAGUGCCUUAGCUAACCAGCAUGAAAUUACUGGACAGAAACCAUGGAUUUUUUGAAAUUUAGCCUCAGUUAUGGCCAUAUGUUAAAACAGUGAUUGUUUCAUAGAAGCCACUUCUCUCUGAGCGGCUUUUGUUGUAGCAUGCCUUUCAGAUGCUUAUUUUGUAUUAUUUUAAACACACAUAUUCCUGGUACAGUACAUUUCUUUUGUAUCCAAACAUUGUGUUAGUUUAGAUGGCUAGAGCUGAAUGGGUAUACUUUCUGUAAGACCCUGUGAAACAUGUUUCAGGAGCUGCUGUAUCUAAUCCCCCUGGCACUUACCUCAAUAGCAUACAUUGCUUUAUCAUGCCAGGUCAUAAUGGUAAACUUGUUCAUUGUUGAACUGGUGCAUGAGAGAACCCUGCAGUCAAAAAAAGGUUUAAUUUUAUCAAAGAUUGCAAAGGGGAGGAAGGCAAUGGAAGGCUGCCAGCAGUCUUUAUUCAGUGUCUGCCUACAUUGAAACCAGCAAUGCCUUACUUCUUUUUGGCCAUGUUGGCAGUUUGAAGAAACAGAUUGUGGAAGAAC